AGAGGCUCUGAGGGCGAUUUUCAUCUUGAAAAUGGAAGAUCUGGUGAUGGGCCUCAAAGUGGCAGGAGGGUCGGGCAAGGCAGGAAGAAACCCCCAGCUGGUGCCGACUGGGAGCACUGGGAAAUUCCCACAGAGGGCGCCCCUGCAGCAGAAGGUUAAGCAGGAGCCGGGUGAAGGGCUCCUUCCGUGUUGGGAAGUCCAGCGGCAGCACUUUCUGCAGGAAGUGGAGUCUGCUUGCUCAGGAUGGGGGCCUCCUCAGCCGCCCCGGGAGCCCACCCUGUGGGACGACGCCAAGGGCUUCCUGGCCUCCUUUGAGCAAGUGGCCGAGGCCUGCCGGUGGCCAAAAUACGAGUGGGUAGCCCGACUCCUGCCCGCCCUCGGUGGGCAAGCUGAAUGGGCCUUUAAUGACCUGGAGGCCGGAGACCGAGAGGAUUAUGGGAAAGUGAAGGCAGCCAUCUUGCGGGGAAACGCCUUGAGCCGGGAGGAGCAGCGCCAGCACUUCCGGCGUUUCUGCUACCGGGAGGCCGAGGGCCCGCGGUGGGCUUGCAGCCGGCUUCAGGAGCUUUGCUGCCGCUGGCUGAAGGUGGAGCGGCACUCCAAGGAGCAGAUCCUGGAGCUGCUCAUCCUGGAGCAGUUCCUGACUAUCCUGCCGGCAGAGAUCCAGAGCUGGGUGAGAGAACGGGGCCCCGAUACCUGCUCCCAGGCGGUGGCCCUGGCCGAGGAUUUUCUGCUGAGGCGGCAGGAAAUGGAGAAGCGGGAGCGACAGGACUUCAUGCAGUGUGAGGAAGUAGGUGUCGGUUUCUCAGGAGCAGAACGAGCUUUCCAGCAUCGGGGUCAGAGCCAGCUGCACAGAGAAGCCAAAAGAGAAAGUGAUGGGGACAGCAGUCUCCCAGAGUACGGGCCUGCGAAUGAUCACAAGGAAAGAAGCAGUUUGCGGGAAGGAGCUGAUGAAGGGGAGCUGUGCUGGAUCCCCCAAAGGCAACUCACCGAGGACUUUUCCCGUGUCCCCGAGCAGGGGAAACUUUUCCAGAAUCAGCCCUGGCCAAAAAUUCAGCCAGGAAUCCAUGCACGGAACAAAGUAGCCGUGUCCAUCGCUUCAGUGGUCAGUAGGAAGAUCCUGGGCAAACCCCUGCUAUUUCAGACACAGAAGGCCGGCAUCCUGUCUGGGGUGGACUUGAGACCGGAACCCGAUGAGGCUCUCCCCGUUCCAGAGAGGCCUUAUCACAGGUGUUCCAUCUGUGGGAAGACCUUUGGUCAAAGCUCACAUCUGGUUUUCCACCAGAGGACCCACGACGUGGAGAAGCCCUACAAGUGCACCCAGUGUGGGAGCAGUUUCCACUCGCGCCAAGGCCUCAUCUACCACCAGCGGAGCCAUGCUGGCGAGAAGCCGUACAAAUGCUCCUUCUGCGGGAAAACCUUUAGCCAGAGCUCUCACCUCCUGGUGCAUAAGAGGAGCCACACGGGCGAGAAGCCCUUCAAGUGUCUUGCCUGCGGGAAAUGCUUCAGCCGCAACUCCCUUCUGACCAUCCACGAGAGGACCCACACGGGGGAGAAGCCAUAUAAAUGCCUGCAGUGCGAAAAACACUUUACACGGAGUGCAAACCUGACUUCCCAUCAGCGGAUCCACACAGGGGAGAAACCGUACGACUGCCCAGACUGUGCAAAAAGAUUCUCUAGCCAGUCGGACCUCAUUAAGCACAAAAGGAUCCACAAAGGAGAGAAGCCAUACAAAUGCUUUGUCUGCGGGAAGCGUUUUAGUCAAGGGGGCCAUCUCACUUCUCAUCAGCGGAUCCACACAGGGGAGAAACCCUAUAAGUGCUUGGAAUGUGGGAAAAACUUCACCAAGAACACCAACCUGAUGUUGCAUCAGAGGAUCCAUACUGGAGAGAAACCAUACAAAUGUCCCGAGUGUGGAAAAAGCUUCACUUGGAAUUCCAACCUAACCUCGCAUCGUAGGAUCCACACUGGGGAGAAGCCGUUCCAGUGUUCAGAUUGCCGCAAGAGCUUCUGCAACCAUUCAACUCUCAUUAAGCACAUGAGGAUCCACACAGGGGAGAAACCCUAUCAAUGCUUGGUGUGUGGAAAGAGCUUCAGCCAGAACUCCAGCCUCAACACGCAUAAGAGAAGCCACACCGGGGAAAAACCGUAUGAGUGCUCUGAAUGUGGGAAAAGCUACAGCAAAAAUACAAACCUUAUUUCUCACCAGAGAAUUCAUGCUCUGGGAAAUUGCAUACCUAAAGGCAGCAUUAAGGCCUAAGGAUGCAUUGGCAAUCCCGGGUUUAGGAAUAAGAAACCGAGGCUUUGUGGGGAGGGGGUUGCACCCACGUAUAAUGUUGGGCGAGAAUGUGCUCUGAAUUCACAUAGGAAAUUAAAUGUUCUAAGAGCAGAGAAGAAUGCCAGCCGAUCCGACACUGAGGGGGACCAUCUAAAAGACUGGACUGUAGCAGAAUCUUUGAUUACGAAUGAGGGUGUGCAAUGCCCAGAGGUGGUGUCAAAAAAGUCAGUGUGUGUGGAAAAGGGGCAGGACUUCAGUCAUGCUGCGGUGGCCGCCCUCUUUAAUUUUGGGUCUCCCCUGCGGAUGCUCCUGGCUGUGAAACCCAUACGAGCAGCAAAGAGGAAAUGAGGAAGGAGAAAAAUGGGCACAACCUUAAUUUUUUUCCCAUCACUUGAAAUGCGUAUCUGUGGCAAUUUUUUGUCGAUACGCAUCUUGUUUGUUGUAGGCAAUGAUUGCUUUACUACAAUCAAAUGAACAUCCUUUCUUGCUCUCUCUCUGUAAUCGCUUGUUUUCCAGCUUUGUCAGGAAUAGGCAAGGAAAGUCAUUUUAAUGGAGCUCAGAAAUGGACGUGACCAGUCUUUAAUUAUUUUGUUCUGAUACCGUUGCACGCAUAAUAGAACAUGUGUAAAUAAAGGUUAAGAAAAUACCAACCAAAUGAUACAUCAUUCCAAAACCAGUAAGUCAGCUCAUAUGCAUAAGGAACCAAUCGCUUAUAUUGUGGUUUGUACAGAUAGAUAAUCUGUUCUUGUUUUGGUCAGUUUACUUCCAGAAAACUGUUAGAAGUGUGUUCCAGAAAAAAAAUGGACUAUUCUUGUAUUUCCUUUAAUAUUCUGCUUCAAGAGCAACAUGUUUUGCAUCUCUUCAGUAGCUCAGGUCCUGUGUUUAGGUUAUUGCCAAUUUAUGAAAGGCAAUGCAGAGUCUUGCUAUUCAAGUGCAUUGUAAUGGAGCUAGCAACCUGUCACUUGUAAUAUCUCCAGAUGGCUCCUGCGAGAUCCCCACAUUAACUAAUACGAAUGUAACUAAUUAAAAAUUGUGGCAUUCUUGCAAGAUCACCAACUCCCCCCAAACGUACGUGUUCUAUGAGACCUUGCGAGAUAGCAGGAAUAGCAAUAUCUCACAUAUUUCAGAUUUCAGAGUGAGAUUGGGGCCAUUUUUAAUUUCUGAAAAUUGUAUUUGCCACUACACAUCGAUGCACAGCACCUGAAAAGAGAGCAGCCUUCUGCAUUAUAAAACUGAUGUGCUUUCGUGAAAGAUAAGUUUGCACUAAGUGCAGUAGAGGUAUUCAAAUGCUAUGGUG